GUAAAAGGAGGUAGAUACAAGUAAACUAACUUUCAGCGAGAGGUGCUAUUUAUCCAUACCGUGGUCAAAUAUAACGUCCUUUCCCCCCCCCCUCCAAGCAACGGAAUGCUGUGAAUGUCCACCCGAGAGAAGAACGACUCUAAUAACCGCAUCCACCGGAGCGACUUUAUCUUCAACCAAGUUUACUUUGACAUUUUCUGGAGACUCUGCAUGGGCCAUUGUUCCGCAGCCCAUGUGAGCUGCUGCCGGUAGGGAUGGGACACCCUGUACAGGCCACGUUGAGGAGCUUCACCGCCCUGUCAGGCUGUGCCAGCAGGGGCACCACGAGCCUCCCUCAGGAGGUCCACAUCAUCAACCUGCGGGGACAUGUUCCAGAGGGACCAGACAACAGCCCAGCUGAAGUGGAGCUGCAUCUGAAGCCGAUUCAGUCUUUGUUACGCCACCAGAAGCCACUGGUCUUUGUGCUCAACUCCCCCCAACCACUGAUCUGGAAAAUCAAGACAGAGAACCUGGCCCAGGGCAUUAAACAUACCUUUCAUGUAUCUGAGGGCUCAGAGGUCCACUUUCAGCCGGGAAACUUCUCCUUCUCCUGCCAGAUCCAGAAGGAGACCCUUCCCCAUGGCAAUGAGCACCUCCUCAACUGGGCCCAGAAAAAGUACAGGGCAGUCACCUCUUUCUCUGAGCUCAGGAUGACUCAAGACAUCUACAUCAAAGUCGGAGAAGAUCCACUGUUUUCUGACACCUGCAAGAUUGAUACCAAGUUCUUGUCUCUGAACUACCUGGGCGGCUACGUGGAGCCACAGACAUCAAAGGGUUGUGUCCUUUCUGGACCCGACAAAGACCAAGAAGUCCACAUCAUUGAGCUCCAAGCCCCCAACUCCAGCAGUGCUUUCCAGGUGGAUGUCAUAGUGGAUCUACGGCCUCUGGUGGACGAUGCCCUGCUGCAUCGUAACGUAGUCUUGCUGCUCAAGUGCACCAAGUCUGUCAACUGGGUCAUCAAGACCCACAGUGUGAUUGGCAAGCUGGAUGUAGUGGCCUCUGACACCGUGAGUGUUAGUUCAAGUACGGAGAGACCGAUGCAAGUGUCAAAAUCCCCCAGGCAGCACUUGCCAUCAGGGUCACAAGCCUUGAUCAAGUGGGCAGGGGAGCAUGGCUACAGUCCAGUCACGUCUUAUACAAACACUCCUGUGGCUAACCACUUCAAUAUCAGACUUAGAGAGCCAGAUGUGGUGGAUCCUCUGGAGAGCAUGUUGCCUCCAGAGCUCUCCAUCCUGCAUCCAAGAGCUGGAGCUGCUUCACGACGCUCCGGUUUGCCCUUUCCCUUUCCUCCACCUGUGUCUGACACCCUGCCCUACCUGCCCUCCUCCCUCGACAACCGGCCCUGGGAGAACGUAGAGCCCGAGGAGCAUCAGGGCGUUCUGAGUGUUGGCCUCAGUGUGCAGUGUGAGGACAAGAGGAUGGUAGUCAGCAUUGAUAAAGAAAGCCUGCAAGCAAAUGGGUUUGCUCAUGCCAACCUCACGCUGCAAGACCCAGCUUGCAAAGCAACAGUCAAUGCCACCCACUACACACUGGAAACUCCACUGACUGGCUGUCUGACCACUGUAUAUCCCAUGCAGGGUAGCCCAAUGGCCCUCCACAUCAACUCUGUUUUGAUAAGUCAUGCUGAGACUAAGGAUGGGAGUGGUGGGCCGCUGGAUUAUGAAGAUCUGGAAUCUGGAGACGUGCUGUUCCCGAGGGACUCAGCGGAGUUAGAGAGGACAUUUACGGAGGCCAAAGAGCACCAGUCGGUCAUAGUGUUCAAUUGCACGUACCGAAAGAACCAGGAAACCUCAGCAACACUUCCCAGGAUUGUACCAGGACCAGGAAGGCAACCGGUUAGCAACAUGACAUUUAACAUGGAGUUGUACAACACACUGCCAUUCAACAACCCUUCACGCCAGGCUUUCUACACUGUUUCACAAAAGCAGGAAGUCUUUGUGGAGAUCACAUCAGCCGCAUUAGAUCCGGAGCUGGGGUUCACCAUCAUAUCAUGCUUCAUUUCGCCCAACUCCAACCCCAGUGUGGCCUCAGACUACACUCUCAUUGAGACAGUCUGCCCCACAGACUACUCCAUCAAAUACUAUCCUCAGAGGGACUUCCCUGUCCCUCACACUCAGGCAGAGAAGAAACGUUUCAGCUUCAUCUUCAACUCAAAGUUCAACAUGUCCAUGCUUUUUCUGCACUGCGAGAUGUCUCUGUGCUCCAAGAGAUCUCAGAGUAACCAACGACAACCGCCGUGCUUACAACCCAGCGAGACCUGUGAUUCUCUUACUCUGGACAAUAUCUUGGAGCUAAUGUUGAAUACCAAGACGGUUUCCAAGCCGCUGGCUGUGGUGGAUGGAUGGAUCAAAACAGUUACUCAUUCACCCCCAAACCCACCGUAUACUUCUGAAAAUAAUCCACUGUACGUGCUGGACACUCCGACAGUGGUGGGGAUCGCCUUUGCAGCCUUUGUGAUUGGGGCUCUGUUGACCGGAGCCCUGUGGUUUAUCUACUCACACACAGGUGAGACAGCUGGCACACAGCAGGUCCAUAAGUCCCAGCCAGCCUCAGAGAACAGCAGCGCGGCCCACAGUAUCGGCAGCACACAAAGCACGCCCUGCUCCAGCAGCAGCACGGCGUAGCCCUGGGCGCAACCCAGCGGGACACCAAGCCCUGCCGCGGCCCAGGACGGGCCUGACGAUUCACAGGGACCGGUUUGUUGAUCUCCUUCCGUGAAAGGAAUUAAUAUUGUUGAUGUGAUAGGAAGGAAAAAAAGCAUAAUUUAAAAAAAAGAAAAACCUAAUAACACUUUUGGUCCUUGUGUAAAUUCCUUUUGUACCACUUCAAGUGCGUCCAGGCAAAUUUACUAUCCUGGUGUUACUGGUCUGUAAUAGUAGUGAGACCCAGCUUAGCAGCCUCACCUCAUUUUUAGUACAAAAAACUAAUGUGAGUUUGUACCAGGCAUUUGUUUUCCAAUCUAAAUGCUGCUUUUUUCUGACAACAACAAAGUCUUUUGCUUUGACCUUACAUGGUGAGAUUUAGGCUCUUUGUAACAAAAAGGUGUACUCCAACUGCAAGGAAAGCAACCAGGCUGCAGUGAAGUCAGUAUUAGUAAGUGGGAUGUUAAUGGCUGGACUGUAACACGUUGCCUUACGACAUGCAACCCUGAAGGUGGCAAAGGAGUAAAGCAACCACUAUUAACAUGUGAACAAAAGUGCAGUAUGAACAGAAGUUGUCAUCUUGACACAGAGAGACACAAUGGCAGUGUAGGUAUUGAAUGUAAACAGAAAAGUAAAUGCCAGAAAAUGUGAAAGAAAAUGUGAAACACAUGCUGAUAAAAUGCCCCGUUUUAUAAUGUACUCGUUCUUCCCUCAUAAUGGAUUUAUACACACAGGUUUGUAAAACCAGUGCUUUCUGUACGGUAGUUAUAGUAAUUCAUUUGAGUAGAUGGGGGUCUGAGUCUCAAUUUUAUUGAUGUUACACAACUUCCCAGGGGCAUUAUGGGUUCCCUUUUACCAGUCGUUGUUAAUGGAAUAGUUCAACAUUUUGGGAAAUGCUUUUAUUUGCACGUUAUCCAAAAAUUAGAUGAGAAGAUACCUCUCUCAUGUCAGUGCUUUCAGUACUGAGAUUGAUACAGAAGGCAAAUAGCCUAGCUUAGCACAAAGACUUAAAGCAGAGGGAAGCUGUUAGCUCAGAGAAGUAGUUCAUCAUUUAAAAAAAGAAGAAAGAAAUACCUAUUAUUGUGAGCUAACUCUUUCUCCCUGCUUCCAAUUUUUGUGCUAAGCUAGGCUAAUCGCCUCCUAAAGUACCCCCAGCUCCAUACUCAAGGUACAGACAUCAGAGUGGUUUCAAUGUUCAUAUCUCACUCUGAAAAAUUAAGUGAAUAAGCAUAUUUACCAGAAUGUCAAAUUAUUCUUUUAAGACCUGUACAUGUUUGUGAAUAUUGUAAAUACUCCAAAAUGUUAUGAGGCAGGCAGUGUGCAAAUUAUGUUCUUGUACUUCUGGAUUAGACAUGAUUUAUCAGUGUGAGAUGCAAGUUCAUACCGUUUCAUUCAAUCACUUUAAAACUGAAAAGAAAAAAAUAUAAGAAUCACAGUUUUGAAAGACAGGUUCAACUUAGAGUAUCAUUUAAAUACAUCAAUUCAAAAUCAUGGCUUAGUAUAAUUGAUGUAGCUUGGGUCCUACUGUCUGUUCCUUUACACUAGGGCUGCUUCUUUUUAUUAAUGAUUAAUUAUAAUGAAUUUUCCCUCAUAAAUAGCUUAACCAACGAUUAUUGUUCUGCCAGUUCACUCAUCGAUUAUCAACUAAAUGUUUCUUUACACACUCAGCUAAUUGUCCUCUUAUCAGGCAGAGUCAGAGGAAGAAUAGAUUUAUUACAUUAUAAAGCCAAACAGUGUCCAUGGAUUUUUUUCUUUGUGUUUAAGGAUUUCUAUUUUUUUUUUUUAUUAAUCUUGGCACUGACAGUCUAGUGUGUUAAAUAAGCUGUAGCUGUAGCUCAUUGGUAUGGCCAUAUAUUAUCAUGUUUUAUUAUUUUUUUUAAACUGCAACACCACGACUAUACCCCACCGUCUCAGAAUAAUAUGAAUGUUUGCUGUGGUGCCUUCGUUUAACCUGUAUGUGUUUGUAACAGUGUGUGGGACUAACUGGGCCCUUUGAAUUCGAGAAGGGAACUUUCCCUGUAACGAUUUAACCAUAACAAGGAAAAUAGAAUGUAUAUUAUCUCAAGGCUUUUGAUUUUUUUCUUAUGUAAACAUAUGUAAAGCUUUCUACAGAGGGAACAGAGUCUAAAUAUAUAUUUGUGUAUAAAAUUAUAUUUUGGAAUAUAUUUACCAAGAGAAAUUUAUUGUCCUUUACGUAUGUGUGUAAGUACUGUGAAUUGUGGAUGCGCUCAUACAUAACACACGUUUGCGGGGGUAUUUUUCAGUUUCAUUCUUAAAAGCCUCAUGGCAUGUUUUGUGACACUUUCACUGAUGAAAAUGCAAUAUUCAUAUUUGUAAUACAAAAUGAUUCAGCUUUUCAUUUUUUUUUAAUACACUUAAAUUUGAAAAGGUACAGUCGUUGAUGUUAAGAAACUUUGACACUGCACUGACAUCAUGUUAAUUUACAUUUGAAACUUUAAGAUUUCAGUUGUUGUGAAUGUGUCAUUAAAACAUGUGAUGAGUUUGUGAAUGAAUGAAUAUGAUAUAUAAAUGCUUUUCAAACAAAGCAUUACCUGCAGGUCAUUUCUUCUCUUCAUGGAAUACAACUCCUUAUGUUUUGUUUAAACAUUAUUCAUCAUCUGAUUACUAUUUUGUAUAACGUAUUUACUAAAAAAUAUUUUUCAUAUGAAGUGAAGAAAGAAUCUGCGAAAUGAAUACUUCUUCAAUACAAACAUUACAACAUUGAAGAUAAGCUGCAGCAAUAAAUAUCAAACUAUAUGUUAACAUAGUUUUAGUAAAUGAUGGAGUAUAUGCCACACAAACUCAAUGUUCCUCCUCAGUUACAGCAUUGUCAUAACAAAAUCCACACCACAGACUUGUUUAGGCCCUUCUGUUGUCAUAACAAUGAUACAAAUCCCCUUACAAUAAUCCAAACAAAAAUGAAAUCAAGGCUAAAGAUGGCAGCAAUUAAACCAAAAUGAAAGUCGAAUGUACAGUAUAUUAGGUGUGUAUGUAUUCUAAUAGAAUGGCGCGUGGAGAAAAUCCAACGAUCCGUUAUUUUGUUUCUGGAAACUGUUUUUAAUAACACUUUAGAAAUAUAUAUAUAUAUAUAUAUAUAUAUAUAUAUAUAUAUAUUUUUUUAUUUUUUUUUUUUAAGUAAUAGAACCACUUGGUUUUAGUGCAACAUUAGAACUUGUUUGUUUCAUCAGUCCUGUUGCUAGACGUAUCAAUGUCAAAACCUAUUUGGACAGUAAAUAUACAGCAGUGAUAUGUAGUUCACUGUUGCUGUUAUCAAGCUGCAUUAUUGCACAUGUACACUGUAUCCCACUGUGUACAGAAUAGUGAAAGAUCCAUGUUUUUGCAGAGUGGAAAUGUGCCACAGCCUAUAAUCAGCGGUCAUUGUGGGAUUAAGGCUUUUUGACAUUCCUGUAGUUUUGAUGCGGCAAAUCUAUCCCCCAUGUGUAAUUAUCUCCUCCACCCCCCUCGUGUGACGCUGUUAAGUGGCUGAGCGUCAAGUUAUGUUCUGGAUCUAAUCUUCAUAUUUGAGAUUAUUUGGGAAUAUACUUUCAUUCAACCUAACCAUACAAUUCACGAGAGUUGCUGUUCAAAUAUCAAACAUUCAUCCCUGCUUUUUGCGCCAGUGCAUGCUGGGAAAAAGCUCCACCACUCCUCCCUCAUGACAGCGACAUAUACAGAUAAUAUGCUAUCAAUAAGAAAUAAUGAUGCUGGCUCAGAUAAAAGGAGCAUUGUUAUAGUAGUAAAAUAUACUUUCACUGUAUGACUUAAAGGUAAUGCUGAACUGAGAACAGCUGUAAUUGGAGCACAAAUCCAUAGCAUUAGAUAUUGAUUGUAUUUUUUUAACCAUUUGACUACCUCAUGUUUGUUUAAGAAUGUGUAAUUUGUGUACUACGUGUGUGAUGGUGUGUGUGAGUGUUUUCUGUGCCUAUAUUGAACCCAAGAAAAGUUAAAAUGCUUGUAGGUUAUUCUGCAGUCGGAUGAUUUGGGGCCGCUGCGUGGUUUUAUUGCAGUUUCACAUUUAUUUUUCAAUCUCAAAGCAAACGAUGAAGAGUUAAGCUUUCCCAUGAUGCCAAGAUGCCUUUUUCGGGCGUCGUAAAUGUGUAAAACUUUGGUAAGCCAUUAUUUUUACUUUUGGUUUUUGAAACUUUUUAUAUGCUGUAAAUACGCAUGAUAUCUGUAUACCCAUUAUGUCAAAUAAAAAGUUCUAUAAUAAUGUA